GUUGAGCGUGGAGAACUCACCACUUUCGUCAUAAGUGUUGUGGAUCAGAAGACUAUGAUGCUGCCUGCUCUUGUGGAGGACUUUUCACAGUGCAGUAGUUACACAGCAGCUUCCCGUAUCAGACAGUACUUCUAUGGAGUGUUAAUUGGAGAUAAGAUGUGCACUGAAUAUGACAGGGAUGGAGAAGAAAUCAAAGACCAGUGUGUCCCAUCAAUACUCCUCAGCAGUGAUGAAGAGAAACAACUGCAACUACAGCGUCUGCAUGAGGCUCCUGAGGGUUUACGUCGCAGGGUGUUUGAAGAAGCUCUGCAGGUUCAGACUUCAGCCUUAGAAAACAUCCCCGACGAGCUGAAGCUGCCAGUCUGUGUGACUGUUUUCUGGUUCAAGAAUUUACAAAGUGACCCAAAACCUGAGACUGUCCACUGCCUCCACGCCCUCCUGCUGGGGUUUGUGUGUGGCCGUGAUGGUCCAGAGGACGAGUUUGAGAGGAAGAUGAAAGCUUUAAAGGAUGAAGGUGUGAGUAACUGGCAGCCCCGUGUGGCUCAUGCUUUCAGCCAAUGGCUGUGCUGCAUGAGGCAGAGCCUCCACCUGAACCAGCUGCUGUGUUCCCCUCUACCAGAACCUCAGUGUGCCCGGCUUUACUGUGGACCUCUCCUUCAUCGGCUGGCAGAUGAAGACACGAUUGAAGAACUACAGAAAACACUGAGAGGAGAAAAGAAGGAAUUAUAUGAGAACCUAAAGACUGUUUGUAGUCCUGGGAUCCUCCCAGUCCUCUAGGGUUGAGGUUCCCUCUACUGAGAAGGAGUUCUCUAGUGGGGAGUGGGAGACAAAAAAAGAAAAAAAAAAGAGGGGGGGGGAAGAAGAACAAAUCGCAGAAAAAGUGAUUAUUGAAAUUGAAUGAUGUUGCUACUCCUGGCAUGAACGAAAGAGCUGGUCGAAGGAGGACCAUUACACAGUUCUUAUUCUUUGCUUUGUCUCUAUGAUUGAAUUCAAUUUUUCAGGAACUACUGAAAACACUGAGAGGAAAACAGAAGAAAUAAUAUCAGGAUUUAAAGACCAUUUUUCAUCUACUCACACGGAAAAAAACUCUGGUUAUCGGCGACUCUGUUCUUGAAGAUGUGGACCCAAAGAUUCCAGCGACUACACUCAGAUACAGAUCAGGGGCCACAGCAGGCGACAUUGAGGCUAAACUGAAACUGCUGGCUCAGGAUGAACAUAGAUUUGAUAAAAUUGUAAUUCAUGUCAGCAAUAACGACAUCCAGAAUCAUCAACUGGAGGUCAUAAAAACUAAAAUCGAGUCGGUGUGUAACUUUGCAAAAACGAUGUCGGACUCUGUAGGUUUCUCUGGUCCCCUCCCCAGUCGAACCAGUGCUCACAUCAUUAGAAGCCUGUCAUCGUUUAACUGCUGGCUGUCUGAGUGGUGUCCAGAAAACGGUGUGGGCUUCAUAAAUAACUGGGAAACAUUCAGGUUAAAACCUGGUCUCAUUGAGAGCAACCACAUCUAUCCUACUCGCAAGGGUGCAGAUGUCAUUUCUAGAAACCUGGCCAAAUUUAUUCUGAGUUAAAAACAGAAAGCUGAGGUGUUUUCAGUGUUACAUUAUUAUAUUAGAUAGUCUGACUCACCUGGUGACGUUCUCAGUCUAAUGAACGUUUUAAAGAAACAGCAGAUGUUUUCUAUUCAACGCAAAUGCUCUUUGACAAUGAAAGUUAAGAACACAGAGAAGUGCAGUGACGCAGGUUUGGGACCGAUGGCUUCCUCACCUCCUCCCUGCUUUUGUCUUUUGGAUAAACAUGAUGACAUUUUUAAAACUGAAAGUAAUGCAUGAAUAAAACAUGAUCCUAGCUCUAAAUUAAAUACAGAAAGUAGAAAAGAAAAAGUAAACCAGUGAAAUAUAGAAGCAGGCUAUCAGUUUGGUUUGUUUUAUAACUGAACUGAAUGAAAGUGGGCUGAUGAAGAGGAGUCUUUGAGCAGCGGGAAGCUGAAGAAAGCAGGACGAUGUGUUUAAUGAGCAGUGGCAGAGAGGAAGCGGAGGAACACAUCAAUGUUUUAUCAGAGUCUGUAUAUUAUUUGUUCUUUGCGGUAACAAGAGACCGAGGUGGACAUAUUUAGCAGGUAUUGUCUAACAGCACAGGAAGUUAAUUCACUGCAGUUUUAUUUAUAUAGCCCCAAAUCACAACAGUCGGCUCAAGGAGCUUAUUUUAGGAUAAAGAAAACACUUCGAUGAUCAUUUGUGCCUACAGUGUGACCAUGCAGUGAUCCACAAAUCUGGAAUAAUUUUCAAAUCACUUCAAAAACAUUCACAUCUUUCUCUUCAAAUGCAACAAAAAAAAUUUAAAAUAUAAUUGUAUAUAUGUGUGUGUGUAAAUAUUAUAUAAUGCAAAUUAUGAAUACUUUAAAAUAUGUUUGAUUUUGAAAGGAUUUUUCUUGUGAUAGAGUACUAUUAUUUCUGUCUACAUAUAUUGGAUUAUUAUCAUUAUUGUGUUUUUCUGGAGCAUUUAGUGAUUUAGCUUAGUGUUAUAAUUUACAUAUUUAAAAAUAUAGAUUUAUUUUUCUGUAUAUUAUCUGAAAUUUUGGGCCAAAUAACUAUUACAACCAAAUAACUCUACAAAUAACUAUCUUAUAUGUUAUGAUCUUGGAAUUCGUAUUUAAUUUGUGAAUAAACAGAAACUGUUUCUCAGUGACUUUUCCUUCAGUUUUUGAAUUUAUUGUUAGGUUUUUGCUUGUAUGUCGCAGCACUCUGUAAAUUACUUUUGAAUAAAGUUACACAGAUCAAUAAUGAGUUUGUUCCUGUUCCACGUGAACUAUCCAGAUAAAGCUGGAGGUUAAGAAUAAAGCAGUGUGUGUUGAUGUUUCCUCUCAUCUCAUUAGUCCUGUUUAGAAAUAAAGAGAAUCUCAGACAGACGCUCAUUUUCACCCCAGUUAAAGUCUCUGUAUUAAAAGUUAAUCCAUGUGUUUUCUCUAUAUUACUGUAAAGUCUUUACACUUCAAUAUAAAGCGCUUUUAGGAAACUUAUAUAAAUAUAAUCGAAUUGAACCAAGGGCUCUACGGGGAAAUGUUUUAUCUUUACUGUAAACAGCUUCACCUUGUGGAAGAACACAGUUAUUACAACCAGUAAGAGACGCUGCAGUCUCCACCAGUCAGGUUAUUAUCUGCAGCUGAAAACAUUGAAGCAGACUUUAGCGAGUCCUCCUGCUAUCUGUGACACGUACAGGAUCCUCUGUGAUGGUUUUUCUCAUGUCUCUAAUGUCUGAGCAAGAAACCAUUGUCAUGCUGAGGGAGAUCUCUGCUCCUGACAUAAGGAGAGAGGAGGCUGCAGGAGUUUUUACCUUCACAGUGCUGUGACACAGAUGCGGUCACAUUUUUAAAACUUUCAAAAUAAGUCAGAAAAGUUUGAAUUUCUUCUAUGAAACUUAAAAAGCUGAAUUUCAAUAUAAUCCAAAUUAAUCAAUUUAAAGUUUCAGAAAGAAGAAAAAUGUCAAAUUAACAUUGAUUUAUUUCACAUUUAAACAUUUACAGACGCCAUUACACCUUACACCAGCUUAAACAGACACUUAUUUUGAAAAGCCAGGCUCAUCUCAUCUCAUCCAAGUAUCGAUUUAGAGAUGAAUCGAUCAGAAAUAAUUUAGUCUAAAUCUACAUUGAACUUUUUUUAUUUUUUACAA